AUGUAAUAACCAAAAAUUAUAGAAAAUGAAAAAGAUUUUUGUUGCUCUAAAGGACAUAAGCUACCAGUCGUUACAAUAGCACUAGAUGAAAAAUUAUCAAGGAAUUAAAGACUCUUAUGCACAGAAUGUUUAGAAAAUAUAGACAUAGAGGGCAAAGCGGUUGGAUUAAAGAAAAUGAUUUAAUUAAUUGAAGAAAAUUAAGUAAAGAAGAUGGAAAACGUGGAAAAUAUAAAAACGAAUUAAAUAAAAUUAAUUGAAUCAUUACAUAGUAUUGUUGAUCAAAUGAAAUCACUUGUAAUGUAAUAAUUAAAUUAAGUGAUAACCAUAACCACCGAACGAAUUCAGAAUCUAUAAUAACAGUGAUCAUAAUGUACUCUAUAUAGUUUUUUUUGAGGAAUUAGAAUUUAUAAUUUUGAAGUCAAAUUAAACUGAUUCCAAUAUAUAUAUCCAAGAGAUUUGGAAAACCAAUCUCUGUUGGACUUCAAAAUUCAAUCCUAAAUUAGAAUAAUUUAAUUAAUUUGAUGCAUACAACUAAUGUCAGCAACUGUUGUUGACUGUAGAAUUAGGUUCUCAUAAAUCUACACAAAAUGAUUAAUAAUAAUAAAUCAAUAUAGAAAAUAUUAAUUAAGAAAUAUAAUCAGUAAAUACUAAAACGAACAUUCCACCAUCAUAAACUAAUUAAUCUAGUAAUCAAUUGAAUGUCAAGCCUUUCAAUUAUUUACCAAUUCAAGAGGUAACUACUUUAAACUUCAUGCAGAAAUCUAAAUAGUUUAUAUCAGGAAGUUUGGAUAAAUCUAUAAUAAUAUGGAAAUAGAAUUAAAAUAAAUAAUGGAGUUAUUAAUAAAAAUUAAAUAGACAUAAAGGUUUUAUCUAAUGUUUAAUAAUAAAUACUAAUGAAGAUUUAAUAGUAUCUGGAAGUUAAGAUUGUACUCUUAAAUUUUGGAUAAAUAAGAAUGAAUGGUUGUGUUAAUAAACUAUAAAUGAUCAUUCUAAAGAAGUAUAUGGAUUAAGUUUGAAUUAAUAAUAAAAUAGAGUUGUAUCAUGUGGAUAUGAUUAAUAUAUAUUAAUAAUAGAAUAAUCAGAAUAGAAUAAAGAAUGGAAAGUAAUAUAAAAUAUUACAAUUGAUAAUUACGGAUUUCGAGUAUGCUUUAUUGAUAAUAAUAUGUUCACAUCUACGCCAAUAAGUAAAGAAUAAAUAUCUGUUUAUGAGUGAAUAAUAACAAUAAAUAUUUUACCAUAACUAGAGAUAUUUCGAUAAAAAGUGGAUCAGACAUGUAUGCAAGCUUUCCUUAACAAUAUAUAAAUUAAAUAAGUAUUCUUGUAAGUAAGAAUGGAGAAUAUGUUAAUUUGAUUAGGAAAAAAUAAAAUGAAGAAAUUUUAACUGAAUAAUAUAUUGAUUUUGGAAUUGAUUCUUUACAUGGAACAAUGAGUAAUGACGGAGAGUAUUUGAUCACAUGGGAUUAUCAAUCAAAGUAAAUACAAAUUAGAAGAUAUUAAGAAUUAUGA